AAUUUGUUGUUCUUAGGUUUCAUUCACUUUUAUUACAUGGCGUCAUCAGAAGAUGAGUAUGCUGCAUUUGAACAGAAAGUUAGUAGGACAGUGUACUUGGACAACCUGUCACCACAGGUCACUGAAUCUGUGAUUAGAACUGCUUUUGACCAGUUUGCAACUGUUAAAAGUGUUAAGUUCAUUCCCAACUUCAUUGGACCAAAUAAUCUGCCACAGUGUGCAUUAGUAGAAUUGGAUUCUGCAAAGAAGGUCAAGGAAGUUAUAUCAAUGAUGGGUCAUUAUCCUUUCAUGAUGUCUGGGAUGCCACGCCCUGUAAGGGCUCGUCCCGCUGUAAUGGAAAUGUUUGAUGAUCGGCCAGCAAAACCUAACAGAAAGAUUGAGUGCUGUUGGCUAGAUCCUAAUGACCCUGAUUUUGAGGUGGCAAAGGAAAUGAAGAAACUUACUCGCAAACAUGAUGCUGAAAUAGCAUUCAUGCACAAACUGCAAUUAGAAGAAGAAAAGAAGCUUGCAAAGCAGCAGGAAGGCACACUUAAACUGCAUUACCAAAAGUUGAAGAUGAUAGAGGGUAUUAUGGCUGAUAGAACUGCUCAUCGUUUGGCACGCGAGUAUAAUCUGUCUGCUGCAGAUAAUUGA